UUGGGGGAUCUUAUUUUGAAAUCUCUAAACGGAAGGAAGCCUCAUUUAAAUCACGUCAACACCGUACGGUCAUGGAGGCUUGUGGACGAAAACUUCGACUUAAAUGAUCACUCUUUCCUGGAUGAGUGUAUGUUUGAACCGCGUGACAUCUGUCAAAAUGUCACCGUGAGGCUUUUCAGACGCGGAUUGCAUCAUUUCACCUUCGCUUUACCGCCGCUGUUAGCCUGCGGAUGCUAAAUGCAGGCAGCCUGGAGCUAGUAAGCUAGCUGCCGACUUGUCCCGCAGAACGGACUGAGUUCAUCACCACUCCGAUUUAUUUAUUUUUUGUUCUCUAAUCAAUGACUUGGUGGUGCGGAGGAGGAUGUCGAAAUUAACCGCUCGAGCGCUCAGUGGUUUGGUGACCGUCUGGUUCUUCGGGAACUUUGUUUUGGGUUGGUUUCAGUACAGCAACGGAAGAGCGCAAACACAGCACAGCGACACAUCUUCGGACAGCCAGGACCAGAGCUGCCUUUGCCAUCUCACAGGAGUGCUGGAUGACUGCUUCUGCGACGUGGAGAGCAUUGAUGUCUUCAACAACUUCAAGCUUUAUCCUCAGAUCAAGAAGCUGACAGAGAGGGACUACUUCAGAUACUACAGAGUGAACCUGAAGCGGCCGUGUCCCUUCUGGCCUGAUGAUGGACACUGCUCCAUCAAAGACUGCCAUGUGGAGCCCUGCCCAGAGAGUAAAGUCCCCGAUGGUAUUAAGUCUGGAAACUACAACAAGUACUCACAGCCAGCCGGCACCAUGUCAGACGUGCUGCAGUGUGAGCAGGCCAAAGAGCUGGGAGCCAUCAACAGCACCCUGAGUAACCAAAGUAAAGAGGCUUUUGCUGAUUGGGCAAGACACGACGAUGCUCAGGAUCACUUUUGUGAGCUGGAUGACGAGACGUCUCCAGAUGCAGAAUAUGUGGAUCUGCUGCUGAACCCGGAGAGAUACACCGGCUACCAAGGUCCUUCUGCCUGGAGAGUCUGGAACAGCAUCUAUGAGGAAAACUGCUUCAAACCCAGAUCCGUGUACCGACCUCUGAACCCUCUGGCUCCCAGCAGAGGAGACGAUGAUGGAGAAGGUUUCUACGACUGGCUUGAAGGUUUGUGUUUGGAGAAAAGAGUCUUCUACCGUCUCAUCUCCGGCCUCCACAGCAGCAUCAACAUCCACCUGUGUGCGGAGUACCUGCUGGACGAGGGGUGGGGCCGGACGGUUUGGGGCCCAAACAUCCAGGAGUUCCGGCAACGCUUUGACACGGCCGAGACGAAGGGAGAAGGAACCCGCCGGCUGAAGAACCUCUACUUCCUGUACCUGAUCGAGCUGCGGGCUCUCUACAAGGUGGCGCCGUACUUCGAACGAACCAUCGUCAACUUGUACACCGGGAACGCCCAGGAGGACGGAGAAACCAAGGAGCUGCUGCUGCACAUCUUUAACCAGAUCAAAGCUUUCCCGAUGCAUUUUGAUGAGAAGUCCAUGUUUGCUGGAAACAAAAUAGAAGCCAAAACAUUAAAGGAGGAAUUCCGUCUGCACUUCAAAAACAUCUCCAGGAUCAUGGACUGUGUGGGCUGCAGUAAAUGUCGACUGUGGGGCAAACUGCAGACUCAGGGUUUGGGCACGGCUCUGAAGAUCCUCUUUUCCGAGAAGGAGAUCCAGAACCUUCCAGAGCGCAGCCCGUCGAAGGGCUUCCAGCUCACACGGCAGGAAAUCGUUGCCUUAAUCAAUGGCUUUGCCAGGUUAUCCACCAGUAUAAACCAGCUCCAUAAUUUCCGUCUGAUGUUGAAGGAGAAGAGGUAACAGGAGGGGGAACGCUCCAACCGUUCGUCAGCGCUUCAUCGCAGCGGCCCGACUUCUCGCCCAAACCAGAUCAGACUUCUACUGUGAAGAUCAGGCGCAGCAGCGAAUCACCUCCGUUCACCUUUAUUCUCAUCCCAGGAAUCUUUUUAUUUUAUUUUAUUUCAUCAUGACCUGAAGUGAAUCAUGUUAACUGGUCUGCUUCUAACUGCCUUCAUCGGAAAACUGUGUGAAUCCUCAGCUGACACUUCUGCUGCUCCCUGAAGUUAAUCCCAAAAAAGCUGAAGGAAUCGACUGACCAGAAGCGGAUCAGAGACGAGCUGGCCUCCUGAUGCACAUAAAACUGUCCCUAUAGGAAGAGACUGAAGCCGCUUUUUCUGUCACUUCCUGAACUUUUUGCGUCAGUCAUGUAGGAAAAGAUUGUUUCAUGGAUGGACUCUCUCGCUUCCCUUUCUGUUUUUUCGUCUCCUUUUCCUUUCAAACUUGAGACUUUAGACCGGCUCCUUCCUAAAGAUAGUUUCUGUCGUUGUAUCGGUUUACCUGGACAAACAGGAAGUAGCAGCCGUUAGCUGCCUGUGAGACGUUUUAGAAACCAAACUGUGUGAUCCGACCACACAGGAUGCGAGUUCUUCCUGCAGCUGAUUCACAGAAGAUGGUCGAUCUCAUGAUUAGGAUCAAGUUCUGCUUCACCCGUAAUGAUAAUACGAGCUUAAAGAUGGCCGAACGUGGACUUUUACAGUUUGUUCUGGUAAUUUCAGGGCAGAUUUUAGUCUUAUAUUGAAUCGUUGAAGACCUGACAGUCUUUUAGCGACGGAUUCUCACAAGUGCUUCAUGCUUGUAUAUAGGAAUAGGAAAUCACUGAAACAUAAACCUGCUUCUGAAAGUUUCCAGAAAGAAAAGUUUAUUAAUGUGCUUUUUUCUGCUAAGAUUUAGGAUUUUAUAAUAGAAAUGUGGGCUAAAGAUUGAAAAUGCAUCCAAAAAUCUACUCGGUGAGGAGAGUUUGGACCUAAAGAGACCAUAUCUUAUGGUAAUGUCGUCAGUAAAGAUGAUAUUGAUCCGCUAACUAGCAGAAAUUUGUGCUUUGAUGCUAAAAAAAGAAAUGAUUCAACUUCUAGUAAAGUUUGUCCAAGAACCCAAUUAAUGAACGAAGCAGAUCGGAGCGGGUAGAUACAUCUGUUUGUGCAGAAUCGCCUAUAGCAGCUGCAGAUUAUGGACUAUAUAUGUUUUAUUUCUAAUCAUUGAGAGCAGAUGCUCAUUAUUUAUGUUGAGAGGAAGUUUUCUGUCUUCUGCUGUUUAAACGAUCUUGAAAAAAGAUUCACCCGAGCAGGAAAACAAAGGUUCUGUUGGCUGACAUCGCUCCUGUGUUUCUUUUUAUCCAUAGAAUCUCAAAUUGAGAAUAUUUCGAUUAAGGGGACGGGAGGCUUCCAUGCUUCUCAAUGACAACUCCACAAACAACUUUUAUUUAUCCUCCCGACUUGCUGAUCUCCCUCAUGUUUCUGUUUUCGUGUAAAACAUUUGUUGCCUCUAUAAUGUGCAAAACGACAUAAAACAAGCAAAAAUGCGUCACCGGUGUAGCGAGAUGUUUGCGAUGCUGCCUGCAUCUGGAGGAGCUGAGCGGAAAGUCAGAAGAAAUACGUUUUUCUAGAUCUUUACAAAAACAAAAAUAGUAAAUGCUUCAGAUGCUUUGCUCCUAAAUAACAGAAAAAUCCUUUAAGGCAUUUCUUAUGCUGGAUGGGAUGUUUGAUGUUGCAAAGAUCAAUGCAGAAAUGAAUGAAAGCUGAAUUUGGAAAACAUGGAGAAAGAUUCACUUUUUGUGCUUUGGUUACAUCGAUGUCAUCCUUUUGCUCCGCUGUAAGAAGACAUUCUGGAUCAGGUCAAGCAGCAGAACUUGACUGACUUUUCCCGAACCGUGUAUCCAUCUAAAGGGCCAAAGACUUUUUAUGUUGCCUUAGUUUUGUUUUCUUGUUUAUGACUGUAGGAAGUGUGUGUUUCGUUUGAUUUAUCCUCCUCUGCUGUGCACCACUUUAGAGCCAUGCUGCUGUCAAACCUGUAAUUUCUGUGUGUGAGGAUCCAGGAGGACGUGGACGUCGGUUUGAAAUUGGAAAUAAAACACCAGAAAGGGCAGCUUUCCAGAA